GAGAACAAUAUUAUCUCAGUCGUGAAAACACCGUUCACUGAACAAAUUGAUUUUCAAUUUUUUUCUAACAGACUUCAGUAUUUAGUUUGUUGAAAUUGUAAAUAGAUAUUCCAAAAUUUGUAAACGGAAGCUGUAAGGGAAUAUUUUAAGUAAACUUUCUUGCAUGUCGUAUUAAAAAUGUCAAGCGCCCAUUCAACCAGUCGAACAUCGGUCUAUGAAUAUCCGGAACAUUUAAAUCCAUUCUAUGAAGAUGAACAACAUAAACGCCUACGAUUCUGGAAGAUUUCUAAUAGCACUGGAAAGCCUCGACGACUGAGUUUCAACUUGGGUUCCAUCAAAAAUUUAUUACCUUUCGAGUCGUUCAGAUUGAAGAAGAAAUCUUCUACUCUAGGUGUUAAUAAAACUUCAGAGUCGCCAAGUUCUCCGCGAAAAUUUGACAAUCAUAACAGCUUUGCCAAUUACGAUUCUCGUUUACAACGACAAGGUUCUAUUGAUUUUCAAAGAAAUACGCCAUAUCGAAGUUCUCUACAGACUUUGAACGACUUCAGUUUCACCAACCGCAAUAAUCGUUAUCGCAGUACAAUACAAGGCAGUGCGCCUUAUAAAAAUAAUGAAACACCUAGAAGCUUGUCAAGUAGAGCUCAUUACUUAAGUUCAUCUACUAACAUGACUCCUGGAUCGUCGAUGAAUAGUGUGAAUACAAACCCAUUCGAAGAUAACGAAAACGAGUUCACCAUUUCCAGCAGUAUUUCCGACUCUAAAGGACACAAUGAUCGAAAGAAGAAGAAAAGGAGAGCUCCAUUGCCUCCUGCUUUGUCACCUGAAACUAUGCGUGACAUCAAUGGAAACGAUGAAGCUGUUACUAUCAGGGAAAAUGACACCAAAUACGAAGAUGUCGAGAAGGGACUGCAAGAACUAAGUCGAAUGACCGCAGAAUUCGAGAGUUUCGUUAAACAUUCUAAUGAAACCUUUCAAAAUGGUUCUAAUAAACUUUUACACGAAGAUGUUCGCAUUGAACAUAAUUUAGAUGACAAAAACCAAAAGAACCAAAAUGACGACAAGGGAAAAGAGAGCAAAAUAUUUGAACGAGAAAUUAUUGUGAAUCAAGAUGAAGAUCGCUCUUCUCCAACCGCCAAUAAUCGUGUGAGAGAUAAAGAAGAAAAUUCUUCUAUAGCAAAUAUUGAGGUGAAUGUUGUGUCAACAAAAGUCCGACAAUUUCCUGAAAUCGAUCAAAUAUCUUCAUCUACUUCGCGUGAAGAAACGCCUGACUAUAUACCAGUUCCGGUUCGUGAGAAGUUCCAACCCUUGGAAAUUAUCGAAAGCAAACAUGUGAGUCAAAAUGAGAAUCUACAUCAAAAGGAAACUAAAGCUGAAGCACAUGUGGAUGAAAAGAAGAACUGCGAAAAUGUUGAAAAAGAUUCAUCUGAGAAAAUAAAUGAAAAUUUAAUUUCAACUGCAAAAAUGCCAAAUCGUUCCCAAAGCGCUGAAACUGAAACUAUUGUAGCUUCAACAAGAAAUAUCCAUGAACCUCCUCAAACUAAUGAAAUUGAAACAAACUCCAAGUCAUCGAUGUAUGUCCAAGAACAUCCAGCGAGUGUCGAAACUGUAAUAAUUGUAACUUCAACAACAAAUAUUAAAGAUCAGCCAACAAUCGUUGAAACUGAAACAAUAACUUCAACGACAAAUAUCCAAAAAUAUCCUCAAAAUGUUGAAGCUGAAACUAUUUUCAAGCCAACUACAGAUAUCCAAAAUCAUUCACCAAAUAUAGAAACUGAAACCAUUAUCAAAUCAACUACAAAACCAAUUGUCCCCAAAAAACCAGCUCUUCCUCCCCGAAAAUAUUUCUUUAGAGAAGAAACGCCAGUGCCGUUAGCAAGAACAGAAAUCGAAACAAAACUUUCAUCUCAAGGUUUUGUUAAAGUCAAUGAACAAGAUGUAAAAAAAGAUGCUGAGGAAGAUGAAGUCGUGAUUAGAGAAAAGGAAGAAAUCAUCGACACUGAUCAUCCUGCGAAGCCACCAAGGAAUCGUCGGUCGGUUAAAGAAAUUAUAGAAUCGAUUAAUCGAAAUCAACUUUUACUCAAGGUGAACCAGCCAUCAACACCUACAGCUGAGAGGAAAAUAAGAUACAUUUCAAAUGAUGUAACUUUACUCGAAAAACCAGUUAUCAAAGUUAGAGAAGGUGCCUUUAUUGAUCCUAGAAUUAAUAAUUAUACAACCGACAAUCAAGUCAGCAAUAACUCGUCUUCAAGUCUACACGAAAUUAGUAAAAACUAAACAUUGAAUAAAUAUUAAAAAAUAUAUUUACUUAAAUUAUAUUUGGAUACUUAAAAAUACGAAAAACUUUUCACAUCUUAACCAAUAAACUUUGUCGAGUUUAAAAUACCAAUCUGUGAGACUUUUGUUAUUUUAAUUUUGAAAUAAAAUAAAUAUUUCUAUUUAAAUAAAUAAUUUUUCUUUUAAUUGAAGCGCACGGCAUUGAGUC